AUGACCAUGGAGAACGCCGAUCGCUCCCCCUCCCACGUCCAUUCGGACUCCGUCAACACUGGGUCCCACGAUACCGACUCAAUGGUCACCGUGCCAUUGACCUCCAAUUCCGAACACACCCAACCCGACUGGCGUUCUCUCAACAUACCUCAAACCCCUGUUGAUGUGGCAUCUCCAACCCGGGAGCACUCGAGCGACGAAGAAGACGAAUCCAGGACAACCCCGACCCAGGAACCAGCCAAGGCCGACUUAGAACAAAGCUCCAAUAAUGGCGAUGCUACCUCGAUACGGUCCCGCAGUAGUGAGGAACGGGACCGGAGCGAUGCAGUGGAUUGGGAGGAGCUGGAAAAGACGGAAGAGCAGGAACCCCGUUGUGAAGGGUCGGAUGAGUCCACUGCCCUUCUCUUAGCGCGACUGGAGCAGGAAAACAACGCUCUUGCGACGAACCCCAAGUCGGCUCUGGCAAGCAAGUCGCAUGCGCAGCGAGUCACCCGACCGUCUCGUUCGCAGUCCUUGCACCAGAUCAAGCGACUGAUCGACGAGGACCCCCGAUCAUCACUACGCUACUCCCAGCUGCCUCCGCCGCCAAUGACCGAACUCGAAUUCUGGGCAGCGCUGGUCGCCGAUUAUCCCCAAACAGCCCAGAGACUACCUACAUUGACCUCGAACAAGAUCCGAAGCGGUGUUCCGCCACCACUGCGUGGUGUGGUGUGGCCCAGCUUGGCGGGCGCCCGGGAUAACACAUUGUUGGCGGAAUACCAGCGAUUGUGUGGCGAGACGAGCCCCUACGAAGGGCUUAUCGGCAAAGAUAUUGGCCGUAGCUUUCCUAAUGUGGAGAUGUUCAGGGAUCCUAACGGGGAGGGGCAGCAGAUGCUCGCACGGGUGCUGAAAUGCUUUAGUCUGUACGAUACGAAGAUCGGCUACUGCCAGGGAUUGGGCUUUGUCGUUGGUCCCUUGCUGAUGCACAUGACGGAUGCAGAGGCGUUCUGCGUACUCGUUAGGCUGAUGGACCAUUACGACUUGCGGACCUGCUACCUUCCUGAUCUCUCCGGGCUUCAUCUGCGCGUCUACCAAUUCCAGAAUUUGUUAGCUCGCCUGCGACCUGGCUUGUUCGCACACCUUGAAAUGCUGCAUGUUGAACCGGUCUACGUAUCGCAGUGGUUCUUGUCCUUCUUCGCAGUCGCGUGCCCGCUGCCCAUGCUUCUCCGAAUCUACGACGUUAUCUUCCUGGAGGGUGCCUGUGAGACAUUGAUGCGGGUUGCUCUCUCUCUGAUGACGCGGAAUGAGAAGAAAAUUAUGGCAUGCGCAGAAUUCGAAGAUGUCAUGCAAUUGUUGCUUUCGAGGAGCCUGUGGGACACGUAUGCCUGUCAUGCGGAUGACUUCGUGAACGACUUUGUGUCUCUCACGUCGCUAGUCACAAAGGAAAGCCUCCAGGCUCUGGAAGCUAGCUAUAACCAAUCACAGGGCGUUCCAACCGGCAUCUCGUUCCCCCAGAUGCAGGCAGCAGCUUCUCGAUUCCUCGGGCGACUCUGGGCGGGAUCUAACUCACACAAUUCCGUCAAGUCCAUCAGUCUCAAUCCCAACAGUGCAAGCGCGUCCAACCUGGCCAGCAUCCGGCGGUCAACAUCCAAACAGAGCAUGACAUCAACCCUCAAUUCUGUAGAGUCAGCCUCGGACGCCAGCACCGCGCCGACGGAAUUGUCGACGGACGUACAAAAGCCACGUGCAAAAUCAGCUAUAUCUCAACACAAGGAUCGCGACCUCCACACGCAAAUCGAGGAUCUCCUCAUGGCUCUCAGCGACCUUCAACGCCAACACGCCGACCUCACGCGAGAACUGCAGCAAGAACGGGAGGAGCGCGAGGAGGACCAAGUCCUUGCCAAGUCAAUGCUGCAAUACAUCAAAGAGACAUCCGAAGAACCACCCAUGGAUCUAGUCCACAAAGCCGACGCGAGGUUCGCCAUGGUCGAAACGCACAGGGUCGUCUCAACGGACCAAACCAAGCACCAACUGCGUGACGACCUCAACCGGUACAAGGAGAUGCAUGAACUAGAAUCAAACCGAUGCAAGAGCUUGACGCGCCGGAUUGAUGAGCACGAGAAAGAAAAUGCAUCCCUUCGAGAACAACUCCGUGAAGCACGGGGCCGUAUUCAAGACAGCUACCGUGAGCGCCAGCGGCUAGAGCGAAUGGUCCGGGAGCUCCGCACGGUCAAAACCAAGACCAGGAAUUCUGACACGGCGCCGUCCGAAACCUACGGCUCCCCAACCAGCGAUACCAGCGAAGGCUACACCAGCACCGGUCUCCGAGAACUGAAACUCGUCCGCACCAAUUCACAAAAGAGCCAAAAGAGUACUACAAAUUCGACCACGUUUACCAAACGAUCCAGCAGCCUGGGACUGCAAUCCGUCCUUGCUACUGAGAACAACAAACCGGCAGCGGAGGAAUCCCUGCUGCUUGAACUAGUAAAUGCAAAAACAGCGGAAGCAGUCGCACGUCAGGAACUUGAAGAAGUCAAAGGCAAACUGGACUCGAUGCGGAAGGUCAUGGCCCGGAACGGAAUCAUCCCCGAAGGACGACAUUCAUUCCUGGGCAGGCCACCAUCCAUUGCAAAGGCACCGACCGAGCCAGCAUCGAAUGGCGGCGGGCUGUUUAGUGGAUGGGGAAGACGUGCUGUAUCCACCAGCAAUGAGUCUUACGAGGGACGGUAG